UUUGCUGAUAAAGUCAGUGCGAUGCUGCUUCAACGAUUCCAGUUUGAAUUCAACCAAGUUUGAUUCAUGAUUCAGUACCCUUCUUCCGAGUAUAUGUAUUAUCAUUGUCUAUAAUUUACUAAGGCAAGUGUCUGCGGUGAAUUUAUUCUGUCUGCAUUCGUACUCGGUAUUUAUAUCAAAUAAGUUCUAUGGAUCGCGUAAUCUCAACACUUACUGAUUUAAAUUAAUUUGACUUGACUUAAAUGUUAUCAUUUUUUCAUUACGAAGUUGUAUUCGUUUACAGUAAAAGAGGAAUAUUUUCUAACAAACUUCAGUAAUCGUGUAGUACGAUAAAAAGAUCAAUUUUUAGGUAUAAUUUGCAUGCUCAAGUCAAAAAUGAUUAAUUUUAAGAGCAAAAAAUUUGAGUAAGUUUUCUAUUUUUGACUUAGUAUGGUUUACAAUUAUAAUUAUUAAAUAAAUGUGGAAAUGUAAACAGAAAUAUGAUACAAGCAAUAAUAUUUUGUAUUAACUUAAUACUAUCUUUACAAUGUAAUUUGGCUAAAGGAGCAACCAUAAACUUUCAUAAAGCCAGUUUAAAUGUUGAUCAAACAUGUCAAGAUGCAUGUACAACAAGCAGUUGCGCUUUAGAAGCAAACCAUUUUUUAAGUAUCAUGAAUCAAAAUAUAAACCCAUGUGAUGAUUUUUAUCAAUUUGUAUGUGGAAAUUUUAUCAAAGAAAAAAGUAUUAUUGACGAAGCAACGAUCAUAAACACAUUUAGCAUUGCACAGAGAGAGGUAUCUACUCAAAUAUACAAUGAAAUUAGAACGAACGUAAAUUCGAAAGAUCUGUCAGCGUUUGCCAAACCGAAAAUUUAUUAUCAGAAUUGCAUGAAUGAAUCUCGUAUAGAAAAUGAAGGAACAAAACCUCUUUUUGAGAUAUUAAACAAAAUUGGCGGUUGGCCCGUAUUAGAUGGUCAAAAAUGGAAUGAAAGUAUCUUUAGUUGGGAAAAUACAACAUAUCAAAUUAGAGAUCAGAAUUUUUUGAUUACUUUUCCAGUAAUUGCCACGGUUCAUAUUGAUAGUAAAAAUACUUCAAAGCAUAUUAUAAAGAUUGAUAAUGGUUUUACUACUAUCAGUCGAACUUUUUUAUUGGAUGGCCUUAAUAGUAAACUGCUUAAAGCCUAUUAUGAAGAAAUGAUAAAUGUUACUGUAGCACUUGGAGCGGAUCGAGAGGCAGCAUUAAAAGAAAUGAGGAAAGUUCUUGAAUUUGAAAUUAAUCUUUAUAAGAUAAAAACACCACCAGAAAAAAUGUUAGAUGUUCCAAAAAUCAAUACUCAAAUCACAAUCGAAGAACUAUCUAAAAAAUAUCCUCGAAUUCCCUGGUUAAAAUUAAUAAACAAAGUAUUUAAUUUGAGUAGUAUACUUAUCAAUAAUAAUGAGACAGUUACUGUUGUUGAUUUAAAUUAUCUAUCAGCCGUAGAAAAAUUAAUACAAACAACACCAAAAAGAGAUCUCGCUAACUUUUUGUCAUGGAAACUGGUUGAGCAAGCUCUUGCGUACAUGCCUCGAACAUUACGACAAAUAGCAUCAGCAUUUACUAAAGAAGUGUCAGGAACUACUAGAAUAAUGAAUAGAGAAUCUUGGUGUUUAAAUGAAAUAAUGGAAGCUUUUCCUAUUAGCUUAAGUGCUAUGUAUGUUAGAAAAUAUUUUAACAACGAUAUAAAUGAGAAGGUUACUGAAAUUCUGCAUAAUGUUAAAAAUCAAAUAAAAAAAAAUUUAGAACAGAUUGAUUGGAUGGAUAAUACAACGCGAACAGCUGCAAUAGAAAAAUUACAGGCAAUGGAAGCUUCAAUUGGCCAUGCUGAUGAAUUAUUGGACAAUGAAAAAAUCAAUGAUUACUACAGUGAACUUGAAAUAAAUGUAGGAAAUUACUUAGAAAGUGCAUUUAAUAUAACAAGAUUUUUGGAAAAUAAAAAUUACAGAGCUCUACGAAAAUCAGCUGGUAUAGGCGAUUGGAUAUUUAGCAAAAAUGCAGCCAUUAUUAAUGCAUUUUAUAUUCUACAAAAAAAUACUUUGGAGAUACCAGCUGGUUUUUUAAGAUCUUUUUUUCGGUCUGCUAGCCCCCAAUACAUAAAUUAUGGCAUUAUUGGUUCUAUCAUCGGUCAUGAAAUCACGCACGCUUUUGAUAAUCAGGGUCGAAGAUAUGAUAAAAAUGGAAAUGAAAAUAAUUGGUGGUUACCUUCAACGGAAGAAAAAUUUUUUCAAAAAUCAAGAUGUAUUAUAGACCAGUAUAAUAAUUUUACUGUCGCGGAAAUUGGACUGCAAGUGAAUGGCAUUCUUACACAAGGCGAAAAUAUUGCUGACAAUGGAGGCUUUAAGAUAGCUUAUCAUGCCUACAAUGAAUGGAUAAAAAAUAAGAAUGCCACUGAGCCUUGUCUUUCAUCUCUUUCUUACACCCCACGUCAAAUGUUCUGGAUUAGUGCCGCAAGUGCUUGGUGCAGUAAGCAACGACCAGAAUAUUUAAAAGAUUUAAUUUCUACUGACGAACAUAGCCCCGAAAACGCUCGAGUUACAAUUUCUUUCUCAAAUAUACCGGAGUUCGCAAAAGAUUUUAAUUGUCAAAUUGGUUCUAAAAUGAAUCCGAAAAAUAAAUGUACAGUAUGGUAAUUAAAUAUAAGACAGAAAUAAAAAUAUGUAUUAUUAUAUUGUGCGGUAAACGUAAUAAGAUGUCUAUUCAGCUUACUAUUGCUACAAACUCAAAUAAAAUAGAUACUUUAGACGUAAGUCUUUAUAGUUUCACGCUCAUUUAGAAAUCGUAUGAUAAUAUUCGAUUCCAUCGGCCGUUCUUUUAUUUGUGAGAUUUGAUGAAUGUCAAACCAUCUAAAUAUUAAUCAUUCAUUCAUUGAGUUCAAAUUUAUUCUUAACAGUUUUUAAUAAUCUGCUUUAUUUCAUUGUACAGAAAUACCUGCGUAUUCAUAUACAUUUGCAUAAUGUUCACAUAUUGCCGCUAAAAGUAAAUUAUGUUUUAAAAUAAUCAUACGCAUCGCUAUUUAGAUUAAAUUUUAUGAGGUACGGAAUGUACUACAAAAUUUUCCAAAUAAAAAAAUUAGCAUUUCAAA